AUGUUAUCCAAGAUAUACAUCCCAAUCCACCGCAUCCUCGCUAUCGCCCUCUCUCUUACACCAUGUGCCUCAGCACUGGUCACGACCACAACAAGACAAUUCCAGCCCGCCCUCGACAACAUGAAGCGACAGUCCCCCGGCACCCUCUCCGACAUCCUCGGCCUGCCUAUUUCAACCCUUAACAUCCGAGAAACCAACCUCACUUUGGCUACAUUCAAUGACGAAGUUAUCGAUAUAUCGAAUAUCUCCCUUUUUGGGACUGUCAAUGAUGGCAGCUUCAACUGCACCCCCGAAGCUAUAGUCCGCGCGAGGGCCGUCGACCGGUCGGUAACUAGUCCUGCCACUGCAACGGUCAACAUCGGUUCCCUCACUAUUACAUUGCUCACGUUCGGCGACGAAGUCAUAGACAUCUCGGGUAUUUCAAUUUUCGGGGAUGUGAAUGAUAAUGGAUGCGAGUAG